UCCUUCUAGUACCUAUACUGGAUUUGAACAAAAAAAAUAAUCGGGCUAAAGAAUGAAAAAACGAAAAAAGAAAAAAAAAAAGCCAUUUUCUGGGAGUUUUGUGACAUUUUAAACAAGCAAAAGCUCUGUAUUCUCGGAGAUGAACCUUUUCCCCACUUUUUCUUAAUGGCGACUGUGGUUAUAUCACUUCCCUUUCUGGUAACUCUCUACUUCAUCUUUAAACUUCCAUUCAUGUCUGCUCAAAAUGACCAGUUCAUCUAUAAUGGCUUCAAUCAAACAAAUCUGCGUCUAGGUGGAAUUGCAAAAAUCCACUCCAAUGGUCUAUUGCAACUCACCAACACUUCAAACCAACAAGUUGGUUAUGCUUUCUACCCACUUCCUUUAGAAUUCAACAAUUCUUCUUCUUCUUCUUCUGUUUUACCUCGGUCUCUUUCAUUUUCCACGAACUUUGUAUUUGCAAUAGUUCCUCAAAUGCCAAUGUUGGGUGGGCAUGGCCUUGCCUUCGUCAUCAGUCCCUCACGGGAAUUCACCUAUGGUGUAGCCAGCCAGUAUCUAGGAAUCUUCAAUACAUCAAAUAAUGGCAGUCCAACAAACAACAUAUUAGCCAUUGAGGUUGAUACUGUUAAAAGUCCUGAUGUACAAGAUAUAGACAGUAACCAUGUGGGAAUUGAUGUGAAUGGUCUGGUAUCAAAUGAAUCAGCUCCUGCAACCUACUUUUUUGGUCAAGAAGGGAAGAACAGAGGCAUGGAGCUGAUGAUUGGAAAACCAAUGCAUCUUUGGAUAGACUACAACGAAACAGAAAAGUUACUGAAUGUAACACUAGCCCCGACCAGCAUCCCAAAACCAAACCGGCCUCUCUUGUCAAAACACAUUGAUCUGUCCCAAUAUCUUUUGGAAUCUAUGUAUGUUGGUUUCUCUGCAGCCACUGGUGCAGUUGCAAGUGACCACUAUAUUCUUGGAUGGAGCUUUAAUAAAAGUGGACAAGCACAAAGCCUUGAUGUUUCGAAGCUUCCUCAACCUCCCCAACAGAGGAAAAGUAAAGAGAAUCCAGUAAGAAUGAUCGUAAUUUCUCUCAUAGCAGUUGUGGUUGUGCUGGUAUUGGUCACUGGAGCAACUUUUAUUUUUAGGAGGAAGAAAUAUGAAGAAAAACGUGAAGAUUGGGAAAGUGAGUAUGGUCCUCACAGGUUCAUCUACAAGAAUCUCUACAAAGCAACCAAGGGUUUCUCAGACAAAGAGCUUCUUGGAGCAGGAGGUUUUGGAAAGGUUUAUAAAGGAACACUUUCUUCUUCCAAUAGACAAAUUGCAGUCAAGAAAGUCUCCCAUGAUUCAAAACAAGGGAUGAAGGAAUUUGUGGCUGAAAUCAUUAGCUUGGGCAGGCUGAGGCACAGGAACUUGGUGCAGCUCCUAGGAUACUGCCGGCGAAAGGAUGAACUCCUGUUGGUCUAUGAUUAUACACCCAACGGAAGCCUUGACAAGUUCUUAUAUGGAAAUGAAAAAUCAAACCUUGAUUGGCUUCAACGAUUUCAAAUCCUCAAAGGAGUAGCAUCUGGCCUUCUCUACCUCCAUGAAGAGUGGGAACAGGUUGUUCUACACAGGGAUGUAAAAGCAAGCAAUGUUUUAUUAGAUGCUGAAUUAAAUGGAAGGCUAGGAGAUUUUGGCCUUGCAAGAUUAUGUGACCACGGUACCAAUCCUGAAACAACCCAUGUGGUUGGGACUGUGGGUUAUUUGGCUCCAGAGCUUACUAGAACAAGAAGGGCAACCACUUGCACUGAUGUGUUUGCUUUUGGGGCUUUCAUGCUUGAGGUGGCUUGUGGAAGGAGGCCUGUAGAGCAACAAGGACUUACUGAAGAGGUAAUAUUGGUUGACUGGGUGUUUGAGUGCUGGAGAAAAGGAUCAAUUCUUGAUGCAAGUGAUCCUCGAUUGGAAGGUAAUUAUGUGGUGGAGGAAAUGAAGUUGGUUUUGAAACUAGGCCUGCUUUGCUCACAGUCAAUGCCAGCAGCUAGGCCUAGUAUGAGGCAAGUGACACAGUUUUUGGAUGGCAAUGCUAAUCUGCCAGAAUUACCAAAUGAAGGUGGUUGUUUUGGUACAUUUAAAGGUAAUGAAGCAUUUGAUUUCUUAUUGUCGAUUCCGUCAACAUCUGGCAAGUGUUCUGCUGCUUCCUUGUCUAGCACUGAUUCAAUCCUCAUAUGCGGUCGCUGAAUUAGUUGCGUAUCAUGCAAUUUUUAGAAUAGACUUUGGAUCAAUGCUUGGGAUAGUUGGGACCAAUUUAACCAGUGGCAAAUUGAAAACUUACUGAUUGCUUGGGGUUGUAGAAGUGAAAAUAGAAACUUUUGAAGCAUAUGUUGUAUAUAGUCUCGUUUGCUUAAUAUAGAAACUGCAGUUAAUUUUUAGUCUACUUAUCCUCUACUUUGUACCACGAUAAGAUUAGUUCUAUUGUUGUAAGCUGUAUAGAUCAAUAUUUAUGCAGUAUAUUGCAG